AUGGCUAUGGAUUCAGAAGACGUUACUUUGCCUAGAGCAACUGUACAGAAGAUGAUAUCAGAAGUACUAGAUUCAGAUUUAUCCUUCGGUAAAGAAGGUAGAGAAAUUAUCAUACAAUCUGGUGUAGAAUUUAUAAUGAUUCUUUCAUCAAUGGCAUCAGAAAUGGCAGAAAAUGAAGCCAAGAAGACAAUUGCUCCAGAACAUGUCAUUAAAGCAUUGGAGGAAUUGGAAUUCAAUGAAUUUAUACCGUUCUUAGAGCAAGUAUUAGUGGAAUUUAAGGGAUCUCAAAAAGUUAAAGAAAAAAGAGAUUCUAAAUUUAAAAAAUCAGGUCUUUCUGAAGAAGAAUUACUUCGACAACAGGAGGAAUUGUUUAGAAAAUCAAGAUCUAAAUUACAUCAAAAUAGUAUAACAAGUGAAACUGCUCCUCCUAAUGGUCAACAACAUUCGUCGUCCUCAUCAUCUUCCUCAUCUUCCUAA